UUCCCUCGGUCUUUUUCCCAAGCCACACUUAAGGUUGGAUCUAUAAUUAGCAAAGGGCCUUCGGCAGUAUAUAAGCCGCCCAGGAACAAGUCAAUACGCGGCUUCAGUCUUCACUUCUUGAGCUUCUUAGACUUCACACAUACCGUCUCAGCAUGGCACCCAAGAAGGCCAAGAGGAGGGCAGGAGGAGGAGAGGGCUCCUCCAAUGUCUUCUCCAUGUUUGAGCAGAGCCAGAUUCAGGAGUACAAAGAGGCUUUCACAAUCAUUGACCAGAACAGAGACGGUAUCAUCAGCAAAGACGAUCUUAGGGACGUGUUGGCCUCAAUGGGCCAGCUGAACGUGAAGAAUGAGGAGCUGGAGGCCAUGAUCAAGGAAGCUAGCGGCCCAAUCAACUUCACCGUUUUCCUCACCAUGUUCGGAGAGAAGCUGAAGGGUGCUGACCCCGAAGACGUCAUUGUGUCUGCCUUCAAGGUGCUGGACCCAGAGGGCACCGGCUUCAUCAAGAAGCAGUUCCUUGAGGAGCUUCUGACCACUCAGUGCGAUAGGUUCUCUGCAGAGGAGAUGAAGAAUCUGUGGGCCGCCUUCCCCCCAGAUGUUGCUGGCAAUGUUGACUACAAGAACAUCUGCUACGUCAUCACACACGGAGAGGAGAAGGAGGAGUAAAUGGUCGUGGUGACAAGACAGAAAAUGAAGAGAUGAAUGUGCAUCCCUCACUGCUUAACUCUCCCAGUCUGUUCUCUGUCCUCCUUUUCUUACUUUGUGUUCCUUCCUCCCUUUCUUCCUUUCCAUCAUCUUUGUUACUCUCAAGCACUUACUCUCUCCAUCUCUCCAAAGACUUGUCUCGCUGAGGCUGAAUUGGGAGGGCGGAGAGGCUCAUGACCACGGUGUCUGUCAAGUGGGGAUAUGGGAUUGUUUUCAAUAAAAUGAACAUCAUUACUGUAUCUCUCA